GUCGACUGUGCCAACGGCAGCCGUAGAUCUCCAGCCCCUCGGCACUCAUGGUCGCAGAAGCGUCCCUUCCCAAUCAGGGGGGGAUCAACCCUGACCGUCGAUCAUGCGAUGUUCGACGAUCCCGAGGAAGCUUUCUAGACCAUCGACUAGCUCAACCCAGGUCCUUGACCAAGAUCGGAUGGCCCAGAAAGGACCAGGAGCAGUCUCAAGUCAACUCCGUGUAACCACGAACGUGUCAGAAUGAUACGACACCUCAGUGACCCUCAAGUCCUUACAACCCGCUAGGUACACGAGACGAGAGUUUCGCCAUUGACACUGGUUCGGUUCCGUGUCGGACUGUCCAGGGGAGCAGAGCGCUAGCAGCGGUGUUAGAGGAUUAGGGGAGGUACUACGCCGAAAAGUGUGGGAUGUCACGCUGCUGCUGACGAGGUAGAGCAAUCAGGAUCAAUUCGUUAUUAUGGGAUUCGUUACUCUCACGAUGGAAUCACGGCACCACCGGAUCGGAUCAGGGCACGUGGCUGUUGGGUGCAACAGAGGGCUUUAAGGGAGUCCGCCAGAGGCGCCGUGAUCUGCGGGAGACGGCCAGCAAUUUCUAGUAGUACACCGAUCGUCAUUCUUCCCGUUUCCGUCCGUACGAGUCUCUCGUUUUUCGACUCGAAUUCGGGAUCAUGCCGAUUCCCCUCGCCAUUCUUCGGCCGUCGUUGCGACCCUCCCGGUUCCCACACUCGACGGGCCAUCUGCAUUCAUCAAGGUGUCUGGAAGAUUCCCCACACUUAGCAGUAGGAGCCCGACAGCAACGAGUCUUAAGACUCGAAAGAUUUUCGGUCUUAGCGGGCCGUCAGGAGGCCCACCACCUCGCGGCGUCGCCCGCGAGCUGGCUCCUGCUGCGACAUUCGCGAACGAAACCGCCGCGAAGUGUUUUGUUCCGUGCGGCGGCUGCUCAGGGGAGUGCAGCAUGGGAUGGAGCAGCAGGGGGUGAAGGGGACGGGGUAGGGGAAGGGGAAGGAGAAGGAGAAGGAGAAGGAAACAGGAGCCGCUUCGCAGCAAGAGGCGGAGGGGAAGGGAAAGGAGCGGGGGAGGAGGAAUUGCAGCAGGCACGAGCGCAGCAGGCGGGGAAAGGGGAGGCGGGGAAAGGGGAGGCGGGGAAAGGGGAGGCGGGGAGAGGAAUCGGAGAGUGGCGGUGGAGAGUGGGACGGGUGAUAGGCGUGGCGUGGUACAUGUGCGUGGGCGCGCUGCUGCUGGUGUGCGCGCGGCAACUGAUGGGCGUGCUUGUCCAACACAAGGUCAACUCUCUUUUCGCCUUCACCUCCUCCCUCUCCUCCCUCCCCCCUCUCUUCUGGCAAUCCCUCCUCCUCUCUUCAGCCCUCCUCCUCUCAGCCCUCUCCCGCCUCCUCUUCAUGCCAGCAGCACCCUCGCUAUUAUCACCCCCUCUACAAGCAUCUUCCUUUCAGACACACGCCUCUCCUGUAGCCGGCGCCGCUGCAGCUUACAGGGAGCACGGGCUGUCAGGGACGGGAGGGGCUGGAGCUGGUGCAGGGGGAGAAGCUGACACAGCAGGGAUGUCACAGCAGAGGCACAAGGAACAGCAGCAACGGCAGCAGCAGCAGCGGCAGAAGCAGCAGCGCCAGCAGGCAGAGAAGGGGUCUGUAGCAGCAGCAGGGCAGGGAGGGGUGGGGGAGGGGGGGCAUGUGAGCGUGGACGAGCUGCAGCAGGUGGUGCGCGUGGUGCAUGCGCUGUCACGCCACGUGGAGAAGAUCCAGCUGCAGGCGAGAGUCACGAGAAGGACGCUCCGAGACCCCAUGCUGCAGACGUCAAAACUGGCUGAGGCGACAGCACUGCAGCUGCAGGCAGUGCAGGACGCCAUGGUGGCCUCUAGGCGGGAGUCGGAGGAGGUGCAGCAGCUGCUGCUGGGCGUGCAGGACCAGUCGGUGCGGCAGUUUGAGCUCUUCUCCAACUCGCUGCUCCAGCUACGGGCGCAGCAGGACAGGCUGAAAGCACAGCAGGACAAGCUCAGAGCACAGCAGCAGGGCAGCCGGGCACAGCAGGACUCAGGUCAAUCCGUGCAGUUAGAGCAAUUCGCGAAAGCUAUGCAGCAGAUGCGAGCGCAGCAGAGGGAGUUACAGGCGCAGCAGGCAGGGCUAAGGGCGCAGCAGGAGCAGGUACUGGCGGAGAGGGAGCUGCUGCAGGGAGAGCAGGGGGCCAUUCAGUGCGCUCAUGAGAGCCUGCUGGGCGCGCAGGAGAAGCUGCUGGUGCUGCUGUCAGCCGUGCAGCAAAGAGCAGAAGCACUCGGGACUCCUCAAGAUCCUGAGAGUCCUGCUGCUGCUGCUGCUGUGGGGUCUUGGGGGUCGAUCGAUCCGGCGUCGCUGCAGGAGGUGCGGGAGCAGCAGGAGGGGCUUAUGAGGGAGCAGGAGCGGCUGGGGCGGCGGCAGAGGGAGGUGGAGCGCGAGCAGCGGCGCAUGGAGGAGUACCAGCGCCACCUGGCCGCGCGCCUGCUGGCAGCUGUGGUGGCCGUUGAAGAGAUGAGGCGGGAGAGGGGGGUGAAUGGCGGCAGUGGUGGUGGGGCGAGUGGUGAUGCUGGUUCCAGUGGCGGUGGCGCUUCUGCUGCUGCGAAUGGUCGUGCUGGUGCUGAUUCGCCCGCGUCUGCAGCUUCCCCCCCCUCCUCCUCGUCCUCCUCCCCCUCCUCCUCGUCCUCCUCCCCCUCCUCCUCCUCCUCCUCCCCCUCCUCCUCGUCCUCCUCCCCAUCCACCGUACCAGAUGCAUCACCAGCUGCGCCUGACUACUGGGCGGAGUGAGACUGGGGAGGCGGCAGAGGGAGGAGAGGGGGCAGCAGAAGGUGCUUGUGAGGGAGGAGGAGAGGAUGGGGAUGAGGCAGAGGGAGGAGGAGCAGAGAGGGGGCAGCGGCGCAUGGAGUGCCCAUGCGCCGCCUUACCUCUCCAUGCAGCUGCUGCCGCUUCUUUAUCAGGAUCAGCAUUACCAGAGUCAUCCCCGAGGUUAGAGGAGUUUCGGGCAGAUUGACGUAGAGUAGAUCUGGUCGAUGUGGAGACAUUAUGUGACACGGUUUGCACAUUGAUAUUCUUUUUCCGCUCGAGCAGAAACUAUCUUGCAGCGGAAGACUAGAACGUAGUAUAGUAU